AUGAAAAUGAGAUUCUUCGUUUCAGCAAUAUUCCUUUUCUUCCUUAUUAAUUACGGAACUUGUGAUUUACUGGAUAAGCUUUUAUCCAAAAACGCAAACAACCAUGAGAAGGUUACUUCUAAGCUUCACGAAAAAGCUUUGGAAACUGUUGUUGAGAAUGAUAAUGCCAGCAAGAUUUCAACUGAUUUGAUUGAUCCUGCUAUAGCCAUGUUCAAUAAUGAAACUGGAACUGCCAUUCGAGCCAAGAGAUAUUGUGGUUAUGGAUGUUGUGGAGGAUGUUGUGGAUGUGGUACAUAUGCUCCUGUCACUUACGUUCCUGGUAUGUGCGGUUGUGGCUUCGGAUAA